AUGUCUUCCAAGGACAAACCCGUGAAUGACUUGGAAAAUUGGCUCCCCCUCGGAGAGGUGGGUCUUGUUGGAAUUUCGCCGGUGUUUAAGAAAAAACCGUUCAGUAUUCUUCAUCGAAAGCAAUUAAAGGACAAGAGAAUCGUUCUCAAUGUGAGUGGGAGGAAGUUUGAAACUUGGGACUAUACUCUGAAGAAAUACCCUACAACUCUAUUAGGAAGCAGUGACCGAGAAUCCUUUUACGACUCACAGCGAAAAGAAUACUUCUUUGAGCGGGACCCUGGCUUUUUUCGUCACAUUUUGAACUAUUAUCGUUAUGGUAAACUUCAUUUUUCUCUGGAAGAAUGCGGCGAAUUUUACGAAGACGAGCUUGAUUUUUUUCGUAUUCCAACUGAUGCUUUGGGUUUGUGUUGUCUCGAGGAAUACCAUGACGCGAAUUCUGCUGUGUGUCGAAGAGAUUUGCCGUCAGAAGUUGAAGCGAUUCACCAUGAGUGUGUUCCUCAGCGUAGAACCUGCAGACAGCAACUCUGGUUGUUGUUUGAAAAUCCGCAAUCUUCAAAGACAGCUAAAGUUGUGUACUACAUAAUUGGAAUCGCCAUUAUUUUAAGCAUCGUUACAACCAUAACAGAGACGAUACCCUGCGGUGGAAGAACAUGUGGUGAAGAAUACAAGCAAGCUUUUCAAUACGUCGACGGCACUUGUGUUGUGGUCUUAACACUGGAGUAUUUACUUCGCUUGUUCGCUGCGCCUCACAGGUGCAAAUUCGUGAAAGAAUUUCAAAGUAUCGUAGAUCUUGCGGCGGUUAUUCCAUUCUACCUCGACAUUGGGUUAAAAAGCGCCGGUGAUUUCGAUGCCUUAACGAUUCUUCGUGUCUUCCGUGUAUUCCGCGUGUUUAAAAUGUCUCGGCAUUCCACGAGACUUCAAGCGCUAGGUUCAUCGAUAAAAAAUUCAUCCUCAGAGCUGGGAUUUAUUCUAUUUUCGUUUGGACUGGGUGUUAUUAUUUUUGCCACCGCUGUGUAUUAUGCUGAGAAAGAAGUCAAGGGAACAACUUUCUCUAGCAUCCCGGACAGUAUGUGGUAUGCUAUUGUUACUAUGACAACGACUGGCUAUGGUGACAUGUCACCGGAGACAGCGAUUGGCCAGAUCAUGGGAAGCGUGUGUUGUUUAGUGGGCACCUUGGUCAUUGCGUUACCUGUGCCAAUCUUGGAGAUGAAAAUGAAACUAGUACAAAAAAAACCUGCUGGUGAAGAAAACAACGAAGAACAAAAUGGCGGACAAGAUGGAGAAGCGUGA